AUGAGAGAAAAGAUCGACCGGAAGAAAACAGGUGUUCCUGUUACGCAGGAGAGUGCAGUUAUACUCAGGUUACCGACGGGGCCUCGUAGACUUUGCCGACUAUACGACGAUAGCCUGCCUCUUCGACCUCAGCUAUUGCGUGAACGCCGCGUUGUCUCCCAGAAGCUGGAUACCAAUUUAUUCAUGCACUGGCUCCACACAUGCUACAAGUUUCAUGGCAGCGACUGCAACCAGGCGGCAUGGCUCUCUCCGAAAAAGCCAGAGAAGCUCCGACUGAUCGACGUUCACACCUUGUCGGUUAUCCAUGCGCCAUUCAACUGCACAUACGCAGCUUUAAGCUACGUAUGGGGUGGUCCUCAGUUCGUCGUUAACGAGGCGCAAAUGCACAAGUUACCCUUUCGAUUACCUCAAUCGCCAAUACUUGGACGGACAAUUGAGGAUGCAAUUUCGCUGUGUCGUCAGAUAGGCAUCAACUACUUGUGGGUUGAUGCACUGUGUAUAAUUCAAGAUCCGCCAGUCAAUGAUGACAAGUCGUUUCAACUUCAGCAAAUGGAUCGCGUGUAUCGCUCAGCAUGUUUGACCAUUUGCGCAGCAUCCAGCUCAUCUGCGAAUCACGGUAUACCCGAACUGCACGCUCGAUCGAGUUUCCAAAAGAUAUUCUCCUUUAAAGGCAAAUCAUAUGCAGUUGAAGGCGAGGAUAUCGAACACGAUGUUGAUUUCACACCCUGGAACUGGCGAUGCUGGACCUUCCAAGAGAGGAUCUUGAGUCGACGUCUCCUUAUCAUAACCCCAAAACAAACGUAUUGGGUAUGUCAGUGCGAUACAUGGACGGAAUCGACACUAUCAGAGCCCACAGACAAAAACAUGCGGCAUCAAAUGAUAUCUGACACCAAGAUACUCUUACCACCUGGACGAACAUACAGCUUUGGUCAAAAUCUGACGGUUGGUGCUGGCGGCCAAACCGACAUGGAUCUAGCAUUCGCCACAUACGAUGGCUUGGUUCGGGGAUACACACCGCGCUCCUUGGGAUAUCCAAGAGACGGUGUCAAUGCUAUUCAGGGUAUAUUGAACCUCAUAGUCGAAAGCGGGGCUUGCCGCGGGAUUACAUUUAUUCACGGGUUGCCUGUCGAACAACUUGAUCUAGCGUUGAAUUGGAAGGCCUUGUCAGGUACUCACGGCAAUUCGAGUAUCGCUAAUAGUACUGGGCUGCCAACAUGGUCAUGGGGCGCGUGGUUCUGUAACAAUGCGCCCGGCGUAUAUUACGACCCGGCGGACUUUCUCGAUAUAUCUUUUGUACAAGGGGCCAUCUCAUGGUAUUCGCUCACUAUCGAUGGGACUUCGAAAUUACUCCCAACUAGUGUCUCUCCCACUCCAGAAAAAGUAUGUGGUUUACCAUCAGGGCUUGACGUUUCAUGUCCCCCUAUGGUAUCUGCAUCCCACAUUGACCAGGACGGCUUCUAUCUUCACUGCCUAACCACUUUAGCAACGUUCUCACUUGGUGCGCAGUUGCAGUGGGACGAGACCAUCCGUCCGAUGGCUCAGGAUCUCCCAAAAACAAUACAGCCGUUUGUACAUAGUUGGACAACGAACCACACAUACCAGAUACUCGACUGCUGUGGAUCUUGUGUAGGGCAGAUAAUACUCUCUGACUCUGACAUGCCUUACAUCAUGAACGAAGUAUCCGAAUUUGCGUUUCUUGCAUACACCAGGCAAUUUGAUUCUUUCACGAAUACUUUGGAUCUAGAUGAGUUGCGUUCUUCCUUGAACGGCUAUCACGUUGUCUCAUGUAUAUUAAUUCGACGCGACAAAGCGACAGGCUUUGCUAGGCGUCAUGCGAUAGGGAAGGUUUUGCGAAAGGCUUGGGAGUUAGCCGACUUGAAGACAGAAUGGCUAGUACUUAGUUAG